AUGACGAACGCCCGUGGCCAAAGCACAUCUUGGUCGGAGAAAGGGGGCGUUUGUAGGCGGAAAUUUAUUCGUCCCGAGUCCGGCUUGGCGCCUCAGAAGCCUUUGGGAUCUGGUGAAGGCUCUCCCGAGGCUGUGAGCAGCGUGCUGGACGAGAGGAUGUUCGCGAGACUGAAGACCAUUGAAAGAUUCUGUUUGCCGGGCGGUUUACUGUAUGUACAUUUCACAGUCUGUGUCAUGUUGGACUACAAAGACGAAACCUUCACCUUGCGUAAACGGGUCUUGAUGCUGCUAAGGCCUCCCCCAACAGUCCUGGAGGAUAUCAAUUCUCUGCUUGAGCCCAUGUUCGCCCUCCAGGUCCUUCUGCAGGCCAUUGCUGCUCUUGGCAUUAGGAUAGGCUCGUUGCUUAGCGUGGCAGAGCUGAGGAUUCCGCACAGGAAAGAUGAUGUGCCACGGCCAUUUCCAGUCAGCAGGGAGUGGUCGCCUCUUUCAGCUGUCGCAUAG